AUGUCUAACAAUCGUACGUCCCAAUAUGAACAAACCGUGUAAAGUCGUAGAAACGUGUAAACUCAAAGAAACGAUUCCUUAUAAAUACCAAGCAUAUUGAGGCAUAGCUUAAUGAGACAACAACAUCAAAAAUAUUAUCAUCAUCAAAUAUAUUUCAUAAUCAUAGCCACAACAGUACACAAAAUAGUUAACCAUGUCUCUAUGGUUCAUUGCAUUAGCUAGUUUCACAUUAUGCAUCCUCAUAUACCGUUUUAUGAAAUUUGCAAAAAGAUCUUCAUCACUACCACUUCCACCUGGACCAAAACCAUGGCCUAUAAUAGGUAACAUGCCACACUUGGGUCCUGCCCCACACCAGUCUAUUGCAGCCUUGGCAAAAAUUCAUGGCCCUUUGAUGCACCUCAAAUUAGGUUUUGUGGACGUUAUCGUGGCGGCUUCUGGCUCCGUUGCCGAACAAUUCUUAAAGGUUCAUGAUGCUAACUUUAGUAGCCGGCCACCCAACACCGGAGCUAAAUAUAUAGCUUAUAACUAUCAAGACCUUGUGUUUGCACCUUAUGGUCCGCGGUGGCGAAUGCUCCGAAAAAUCUCCUCAGUUCAUCUCUUCUCAAACAAAGUCAUGGAAGAAUUCAAACACUUGCGUCAGGAAGAGGUAGCAAGAUUGACAAGUAAUUUAGCAAGUAAUUAUUCAAACACAAAAGCUGUGAAUUUGGGACAACUAUUGAAUGUAUGUACCACAAAUGCACUUGCUAGGGUUAUGUUAGGAAGAAGAGUAUUCAAUGAUGGCAAUGGUGGUUGUGACCCUAAGGCUGAUGAGUUCAAGGAAAUGGUUCUUGAAUUGAUGGUGUUAGCUGGAGUUUUCAAUAUAAGUGAUUUUAUUCCAUCAUUGGAAUGGCUAGACCUUCAAGGAGUUCAAGCUAAAAUGAAAAAAUUACACAAGAAGUUUGAUGCAUUUUUAACAAACAUUAUUGAUGAACGUGAAAAUUCAAAUUUUAAGAGUGAGAAACAUAAGGAUUUGUUGAGUACUUUGUUGUUACUUAAAGAAGAAACGGAUGUUGAUGGAAACAAACUCACUUAUAUUGAAAUUAAAGCACUACUUUUGAACAUGUUUGCAGCUGGGACAGACACAUCAUCAAGCACCACAGAAUGGGCCAUUGCAGAAUUAAUUCGAAACCCAAGAAUUCUAGCUAAAGUCCAAGAAGAAUUAGACAAAGUUGUGGGCAGUGAUAGGAACGUGAAAGAAGACGACAUACCUAACCUACCUUACCUACAAGCAGUGAUAAAAGAAACUUUCCGCUUGCAUCCAUCAACACCUCUUUCCCUCCCACGAAUUGCAUCUGAAAGUUGUGAGAUUUUUGGGUACCACAUUCCAAAGGGUUCAACUCUUUUGGUUAAUGUAUGGGCCAUCGCUCGAGACCCAAAAGAAUGGGUUGAUCCAUUAGAGUUCAAACCUGAAAGGUUCUUACCAGGUGGUGAGAAGUGUGAUGUUGAUGUUAAGGGAAAUGAUUUUGAAGUUAUACCUUUUGGUGCUGGACGUAGAAUAUGUCCUGGGAUGAGUCUAGGGCUUCGUAUGGUCCAACUUCUAACAGCUACACUGGCCCAUUCAUUUGAUUGGGAACUUGAAAAUGGACUCAAUGCUGGAAAAAUGAACAUGGAUGAAGGUUAUGGGUUGACACUGCAACGAGCUGUGCCAUUAUUGGUACACCCUAAACCUAGACUCUCGCCACACGUGUACUCGUCUUGUUUCUGAUUUUUAAGUUUGUGUUUGUGAAUUUUUUUCUUUUCUUACUAGUUGGUCCCUCGCUUCAAUUUCUUGCCUAGUUAUAAUAAUGUGAAUAAAUGGGAUUUGUCGUGUGCUGCUGUGUAAAGAUCUCAAAUGAGGGAAGGUGUAAUGUUAGUUCAGAUCUUGUGUGUUUCAAACUUUUGUGUGAAUAUAUACAAUUUUACUUGUUGUAACUUCUGAAAUAAACUAUAGGAGUAUGAUUCUUUCAAUUUCAAAA